UAUUAUUUAUGUUCUUUAAUUCAGCUUAUUUAUGGAGCAGUUAGAUUUUAGUGAGCUUUGUUAACAAAAAAUCUGCUUCAAAUAAUUCAAAUAAUAACUUCGAUAGAAAGUGUAACGGGGACUUCAGUAAUCAUUCUCAGGUUUUACCAGCAAUGGCACUGAAGAAUGCAACGCAUUUUUCGCUGUUCACUCUUUCUGGAUUGCAGGAUGAAACAAAGGAAAGUAGAUAUGUUCUUUUUUCUGUGACUUUGAUUUGUUAUUUUCUUAUUGUGUUCAAAAAUAUGACACUGAUUGCCACCAUCCUCCUAGAGAAAUCCCUUCAUGAGCCCAUGUACAUUUUUCUGUGCAAUAUGUGCUUUAAUGCACUGUAUGGAACAAUAGGUUUCUAUCCUAAAUUCUUAUAUGACCUACUCUCUGAAGAACACGUGAUCUCAUACACUGGAUGCUAUCUACAAGCAUUUGUCAUUUACUCCAAUUUUCUGUGUGAUUGUUCCAUUUUAACAGUUAUGGCAUAUGACAGGUAUGUUGCGAUAUGCAAACCAUUGGAGUAUCAUUCCAUUAUGACUAAUCAGGCUGUGGUUAAACUCAUUGUGUUUCCCUGGGUUCCUCCUCUUUUGUGUGAGGGUGUUUUGAUUUUUUUGAGUUACAGAUUGAAUUUAUGUGGAUCAAGCAUAGAAAAACUGUACUGUGCAAACUGGUCAAUUGUUAAGCUUUCUUGUUCUUUAAACACAAUGAAUAAUGUGGCUGGUUAUAGUGUGAUUUUUGUGUAUAUCGGUCAUGUGAUUUUCAUUUUCUACUCUUACGCUCAACUGAUCAGAACAUGUUUGAAGUCCACAGAAGACAGGGGCAAAUUCCUGCAAACGUGCUUGCCACAUUUGUUUUCACUGAUUAACGUGACAGUGGCUGUACUCUUUGAAGUAAUGUUCAAUCGAUAUGGAAACAAGGAUUUUCCGCAGAGGCUGCUAAAUUUUAUGGCACUGGACAUUUUGGUAUUCCCCCCACUUCUCAACCCCCUAGUUUACGGAAUACAACUGACAAAAGUUCGGAGCAAAGUUUUUGGAAAAUGCAAGAAACACAGUCGGCUCAACCAUGAUUAAAACAUUAUUGAAGUGUGAUUCAACCUGCCUUAAAUAACUGGGAAAUAUGUUUUUAAUGGUAGCUUCGAAAAAUAAGAAUUUCACAUCAGUGUGAGUCAGACCCUUUUUUCUGCUCUCAUUGCAUGUUCUCAUUAGCUUAUUAAAGAUAGCCUAUUUCUAUCUUCCUAUUACAGGGCUGGAGCCCAUGUUCUGGUACUGAUUAUGGACUGUGUUGAUUAUGUCCGACUGCUUCGCAAGGUGACACACAAUUGUUGGUACUUAUGUGAUCCACAGGUGGGAGGGCUUGGUUGGCCCGGAUGACAGCAUCUCACCACGCACCAGCGACCCCUGCUGGUCGAUCAGGUGCACACAGGUUCACCUGUUGAAGUGAUAUGGGUAACACCAGAGGCAAUUACCAUGCCUCAAUAUGUAGACGGGAAAGUUGUGAGUAAACAUCAUACUACGCUGCCAGGGCGGCCGUGUAGUAUAAUGGGUUCGGUGCUGGUCUUGUAACCUAAAGGUCACAGGUUCAAUUCCCAGGUAGGACACUGCUGUUGUACCUGUGAGUAAGGUAAUAAUCUGCAUUGCUUCAGUAUAUGUCCUUCUGUAUAAAUGGAUUCUAUGUAAAUGUUGUGUAAGUCGCUCUCGAUAACAGCGUCUGCUAAAUUCCUGCAUUCUAUUACAUUUUAAAAUUUGCAUUUCAUUUGCCUUUUUCUGAUUGUAUAUUGUAUUGUUCCAUGAUUCGGAAGAACCUCAAACUGUACACAACUAUGACAAGUGAAGCAAUUGAAAGUAAGAGAAAAACAGAAAAUAACUGUGCUUCAUGCUUAGUUUUAGUGUGUGUUUUCUAUGGUUUCUGGACCUCUGACUUGUAUUAGGGUGCCAAGCACCAAAGGUGCAAGGCACCCUUUGUUUUUGCUUGUGUUCCACUAUUAAAAAUUAACACUUUGUGGGGUUAUAGUCCCAAGACAAAUCUUUAAUACUCUACAGCUGAGUGUGAAUU